CUCUGUCUCUCUGGCCGGCCCAGACAUUUCUGCCCCGUUAGCCUGGUUGCCGGCCCCGCCUCCCCAGGCCCGCUUUGCGGGGCAGACCAGGAGCCUGGGUCGCAGGGGCUCGACUCCCCUGGGCCCUGUGGCUGACAGAGUGUCACCUUGGGUCUUGGCCAUGAACGCCUCUAGAGGAAGGAGGCAGGAAGCAGCAGGGCCCAAGGGUAGAAGGGCUCACAGACCCCGGGAACAGGACCGAGAUGUACAACUGUCCAAGGCUCUGUCCUAUGCCCUGCGCCACGGGGCCCUGAAGCUGGGGCUUCCCAUGGGGGCCGAUGGUUUUGUGCCCCUGGGCACCCUCCUGCAGCUGCCCCAGUUCUGCAGCUUCUCAGUUGAAGAUGUGCAGCGCGUGGUGGACACCAAUGGGAAGCAGCGGUUCGCCCUGCGGCCAGGGGACCCCGGCGCCGGCCCUCUCAUCCGGGCCAAUCAGGGUCACUCCCUGCAGGUACCUGAGUUGGAGCUGAUUCCCCUGGAGGCCCCGCAGGCCCUGCCCCUGAUGCUCGUCCAUGGCACAUUCUGGCAGCACUGGCCAUCCAUCCUGCUCAAGGGCCUAUCCUGCCGGGGGAGGACGCACAUCCACCUGGCCGCGGGACUGCCUGGGGACCCUGGUGUCAUCAGUGGCAUGCGGCCAAAUUGCGAAGUGGCCGUGUUCAUCAACGGGCCCCUGGCCCUGGCAGAUGGAAUCCCCUUCUUCCGCUCUGCUAAUGGGGUGAUCCUGACUCCAGGGAACGCUGAUGGCGUCCUGCCUCCCAAGUAUUUCAAGGAGGCCCUGCAGCUACGCCCUACCCGAAAGCCCCUCUCCUUGGCUGGUAAUGAAGAGACAGAGUGUCAGAGUGACCCCAAGCACAGCUCCAGAGGAAGAAGGAUGACCCAACAAUAAAAUAUUUAUUUUUUUUAAAUGUAAAAAGAUAACAAAAGAGAAACU